AUGGUCGUCUACAACAAAAUCCACGAGGAUAGUCUGAGGAAUAUUGAUGGUAUAAGUUCACCGUCUGGCUUUGGUAAAACAACAUCUAUUGUGUUUUCAUUGAGAAAUCAGAUUGGUCAUCUAGCCAGUGCUCUACAAAUAUUUCAGGAAAACAAUAUAAAUGUAGUACAUAUUGAAUCAAGGAAAUCACGAAUGAAAGAUGCCCAGUAUGAUAUUUAUGUAGAUGUAGAAACUGAUAAUAUUAGACUAGAAGAGCUCAUUAACAGAUUGAAGAAAGAGGUUGCCAAUAUUACAUUUAAUGAUAUCACUGUUCCCCUAUCACCACCUCCUAAUGUUGAAGAUCCUUGUGAUAUGUCAAAUGUUCCUUGGUUCCCACGAAACAUAGAAGAUUUGGAUUUUUCAGCCCACCGUGUUUUAAUGUAUGGUACUGAACUUGAUGCAGAUCAUCCGGGAUUCAAAGACGAUAUCUAUAGAGCAAGAAGAAAUUAUUUUUCAAGGAUAGCCAUGCAAUAUAAGCAUGGAGAACCGAUUCCACAUAUAGAAUAUUCUGGAGAAGAAAUCAAAACAUGGGGAAGAGUUUUCCGAGAGUUAAAUUCACUAUAUCCUUCCCAUGCUUGUCGAGAAUAUCUUAGAAAUAUACCACUAUUAGUUGAACAUUGUGGCUACAGAGAAGAUAAUGUACCACAACUUGAAGAUGUUUCCAACUUUUUAAAAGCACGAACUGGGUUCCAGUUACGACCUGUAGCCGGCUACUUGUCUUCCAGGGAUUUCCUCGCCGGCCUGGCUUUCAGAUUAUUUCACUGUACACAAUAUAUCAGACAUGGUUCAGAUCCUUUUUAUACCCCAGAACCAGAUUGCUGUCAUGAACUAAUGGGACACAUGCCACUCCUAGCUGAUGCCAGUUUUGCCCAAUUCUCCCAAGAAAUUGGUCUUGCAUCUUUAGGCGCCUCUGAUGAAGAAGUGUCAAAACUAGCAACUUGUUAUUUUUUCACGGUAGAAUUUGGUUUAUGCAAACAAGAUGGUGAAUUGAGAGCGUAUGGAGCUGGUCUCCUGUCUUCCAUUGGAGAACUCAAGCAUGCAUUAACAGACAAUGCUAAGAAGAUACGAUUUGAACCAAUGAGAACGAGUCAACAAGAAUGUUUAAUAACUACGUUUCAAGAUGUUUAUUUCUAUACUGAUAGUUUUGAAGAUGCCAAAGAACGCAUGAGACAAUUCGCCAGUACCAUUAAACGACCAUUUGCUGUGAGAUACAACCCUUACACUAAUAGUGUGGAUGUUCUUGACAAUACUCAAUGUAUAGCUACAGUGGUCAGCGAGUUGAAGGGAGAUCUCUGUAUCGUCAGCGAUGCUUUAAGGCGUCUUCAGAUGCUGGAGAAACAACUAAAUGAAUGUUCACCAGCCAACCAAUUAGAUUCACCGGCCGCGAGUGGAUAUGUCUAAGGGAUAGACUGUGUUUGUUUAUUCCAACAUUUUCGCGUAAUGUCGUGCUCAGAUAACAUUUAUUGGUGGAAUAUCUGUUCGCGGCCCUUGAAAAUACCCAAAAUGGAAAGUUGUAGAUCAAUUUAGAAGCUUCCUUAUUAUUUAUUUAUUUAUGAAUUAUUUAUUUAUUUAAUGGGUUAUAAAGGGGUUUUCUGGGAUAUCGCAUUAAAAAAGGGGUUUUCACAGCAGCAGAAAUUCAUGUCAUCCGGCUCUCACAAUCUUUAAGGAUAGGUUUCUGUUGGAAUUAAGAGGAUCGCAGACCCACCAGUGUGUCACUUACAAUAAUAAAACAGAGAGUCAUGAAUGUAUAGGAAAAGGAUGGAAAAUCUUGUAACCUUCUCGUAAUUGAAUGUUUCCGUAAACAAAAGUUUAUCACAGUUUUCUAAUCGUAAUUUACUUAUCAUUAUGCAAUCUGACUAAUCGAGUAAACAACCUCUGAUUUUAACUCUGGGUCAAUAUUUUUAUGCCUCACUACAGUACUCAAUGUUUUAAUGAAAGAAAAGUCCAAAGUUGUACCUUAAACUGAACUAAUUUAUUUCGAUGUUAUUUGUUUGGAAUGAAUAAAUCAUUAACAAGAAAU